UCUUUGUAGUCAGUUCAAGAAAAAACCAUAAUACGUCACAUGUUAGGACAAACAAUAACCCACUCUCACUCUCACUCUCUUCUUCUCUUCCGCAGUAACCUGCUCUUGGUUGCAGAAAAUCCCUAGAAAUCUGGUUUCCCAUGCAAAAGAUUGAAUCUUUUUUCGCUUUUUUUUAAUUCGAUGGUGUGAGAAAGAUUCAAUCUUUGAUUCACUGAUAUGAGGAAUUUCAGUGGGGAUUCCCCAUUUCUGGGUGUAAUCUUCUUUUUGGCGGUGGGUGUUUCUGUAUCUUCGGCUCUCAGUUCAGAUGGGUUUUCUCUCUUAGCUCUGAAAGCUGCCAUUGUUUCCGACGAAUCUCAGGUUCUAGGGAGCUGGUCGGAAUCGGACUCGUCUCCUUGCCGGUGGGCUGGGGUGACGUGUGACCAUAACCACCGAGUCACCGCCGUUUCCCUAUCCAACGGCAACCUCACCGGCUACAUUCCGUCGGAGCUCGGUGCUCUCUCCGCUCUCUCCUCUCUUUCCCUCGCCUACAACAACUUCUCCGACCCCAUUCCGGCGAAUCUCUUCAACGCCUCCUCUCUUCUCUCCCUUGACCUCUCCCACAACUGUUUCUCCGGGCCCUUGCCGCCUCAGAUCGCCGCCCUCACUAACCUCACUCACCUCGACCUUUCUUCCAAUUUCCUCAACGGGUCUCUCCCCCCGGAGCUGAAUGCCCUCUCCAACCUCGCCGGAACUUUGAACCUUUCGUAUAACAGGUUUUCCGGGGAAGUUCCGGCGUCGUACGGACUGUUCCCUGUAGCAUUGAGCCUGGACCUCCGUCACAACAAUCUCACCGGGAAGAUACCGGCAGAAGGGUCGCUGUUGAACCAGGGACCCACCGCGUUCUCCGGCAACCCAUACCUCUGCGGAUUCCCGUUGGCGACCCCAUGCCCAGACCCAGAAGCCCAAAACCCAAAAGCUUUCCCGAACCCGGAAAACCCACAAAACCCGGAUUUUUCCCCAAAUGGGCAUGCAGAUAGAGGGAAACAGAGACUCAGGUCGGCGACGGUUUCUUUAAUUUCCGGCGUGUCCAUCGUGAUCGGCGUGGCGUUUGUCUCACUCUGGGUAUUCCGGAAAAAAUGGAACCUCACCGAGGGCAAAAUCCGGAAAGAGACUCUGGGCAUGACAACAGAGGCGCCGGCGAGCGAACAAGGGCAAAAGGGGAAAUACAUCGCCGUAGACGAAGGGUUCGCGUUGGAAUUAGAAGAUUUGCUGAGGGCAUCCGCGUAUGUAGUCGGGAAGAGCCGGAGUGGGAUAGUCUACAAAGUGGUGUCCGGCGGCGGGAGGGCCACGGCGGCGAGCGGCGGCGCCACCGUGGUCGCAGUGAGACGGCUGAGCGAAGGAGACGCCACGUGGAGGUUCAAAGAGUUCGAAGCAGAGGUUGAAGCCAUUGGAAGAGUCCACCAUCCAAACAUUCUCAGACUCAGAGCAUAUUACUAUGCCAGUGAUGAGAAGCUUCUGGUUACUGAUUUCAUCUGCAAUGGAAGCCUGCACAAUGCUUUACAUGGAGGACCUGGGGUUUCCUUGCCAACACUGUCAUGGCCGGCCAGAUUGAAGAUCGCCCAAGGCAUUGCUAGGGGUCUGGUGCACAUUCACGAGUGCAGUCCCAAGAGAUACGUUCACGGGAACAUAAAAUCCUCGAAAAUCCUCCUUGACGACGAGCUGCAGCCUUACGUCUCCGGUUUUGGGCUAACCCGUCUUGUGUCGAAUGCCUCGAGGCUCACGAGCUCAGCUUCGAAAAAGAUGAACUCCAGCAAUCAGGUCACGGUAAGCCCGAGAAGCUCGGCCUCGCCAUCCCUUGCAUACAAGGCGCCUGAAGCCCGUGUCUCGGGCAGCAAGCUGACACAGAAAUGCGAUGUCUACUCCUUCGGGGUAGUGCUUCUGGAGAUCUUGACCGGUCGAGUGCCAGAGGGAGGUCCCGAGGAGGAUGGCAAGGGGCUAGAGGACACGGUGAGGAAGGUUUUCCAGGACGAAAGGCCGCUGUCGGAGAUCAUAGAUCCCGCGCUCCUGCACGAGGUUCAGUCCAAGAAACAGGUUGUCGCAACGUUUCACAUUGCCUUAAACUGCACAGAGUUUGAUCCGGAGUGUCGGCCUAGGAUGAGAACAGUUGCUGAAAGCCUAGAACGCAUCGGUUUGCAAUAAGAAGAACAUGAAACUGGCCUUUCUCUUUUGCUGGCAACUAAUGUUUAUAGGUAUUCCUAGGAUGUAUGUGAUUCUUGUUUGUACUACAUUGAAACAUCAAUGGUGAUUUGAAUUAGUGUUGGUUGGA